AUGGAACCUCCAGGAUCAUAUGGUUCUUCUCCACCUUCAAAGGAGACCUAUCUGAGGGAUGAUGAUGAUGAUGAUGCAUCUGUGGAGCUUGCAGUGCGAAGGCCUGAUGCCGAGACAAGUCAGGACGAUUCCCGUAGAAGGAUUGCCUCUCUUCUAGAAGCCAAACCAUUGGCUGCUGAAGACAGAGGAGAAGGUCUCCAAGAUAUUGAGUCAGCGCCUCUAGAGACUUUCAAGCAGCCGGUAGUACAGAGAUCCAUUGAUCCGGACGAUUUUGAAAUCACACCAGAGAAAUUGGCCCAAGAACGAGAAAGCUCUGCCAUUGACAUUGAUGUAGACGACUUGGCUGCUUCCGCCGGCCUUGAUCUCGACGUAGACGAAUGGGCAACCGCACUUUCACUGGUAGAUGAUUACAAGGACCCAGAAGAAGCCGUGGAAGUUCCAGCCUCGGUACUGAAGGAUGACAAUAAGAAUGAGGCUGCAAGCGAAACGGAGGGUGCGGUUGAAGCUGUCAUGGAAAAUAUGCUAUCAGAUAAUCUACGAAGACAUCUGCAACAGAAAAAAGGCCACCCAGAAAAAGAGGAUUCGAAAGAAGAAAAUAAUGAUAUUAUGUUCCCGACAGAUUACGAAAUCGAUCCGGUGGGCCUUUUGGGUGUCAGUGUUCAUCAUUUAGUCCACGGACUGCUGUCAGAAGUGGAGGAAGCUGGAUUGACCCGUGACGCCAAAAAAUAUGAGAUGGAGGAUCUCAGACAAGAAGAACACGGUGUCAUUCGUCGCAAAGGCGCAUCCGUUGUCUGCCCCAUGGAUGGUGAGCUUGGAGCCGCCUAUGUCCAUUCUUUGGGAGAUGAUCCCGAUAAAGUGGGCCCGGCCCUAUUCAUGCUUUCGUAUACCUGGGGCUACGCGAUCGGGAGUGUGGUCGACACUUUGUCGUACUUUUGCCAGGAGCAACAGCUGGACCCAAAGAGAACGUAUAUUUGGAUUUGCUGUUUAUGCAACAAUCAACACCGUGUGUAUUCCAAUAACAAAUCAGGAAAAGAGGUUCCUUUUGAAGACUUUCGAGACAUCUUCUUCGGCCGCGUCAUGGGAACCGGUCACAUCUUGGCCAUGAUGAGUCCGUGGAAUGAGCCAUCUUAUCUAUCACGCAUCUGGUGUAUCUUUGAAAUGUAUGUUGCUUGCUCCAACCAGCAAAGUGGUGUGGAGGUUACCAUUGUCAUGCCGAUUACCGAGAAAGUAGCCAUGCUGAAUGCUCUUGUAUUGACAGGCGACACGGGUGGGGUUGACAAACUGUACCAAGCGUUGUCGAACACCAGCGUGGAAAAGGCACAGGCAACACAGGAAGAAGACAGACAUCGGAUUCUACAGCUUGUAAGGGCAGGUGGAGGGACUCGAGCACUGGAUAUAAGCGUCAAUGAGCACAUGAGGAAAUGGAUCAAAACGACAGCACUGCAUUUGGUCGCAGAAAACGAGGACAAUCCCGCUGCUGCAGCGACGAUUACAAAUAUUGCAUAUCUCUUCUUCCGGCAGGGAGAUCUAGAUGUGGCGCUACGACUGCACCAAAAAACACUGGAGCUUUAUCAAUCCGUUCCUGAACCAGAUGACUAUCAGAUUGCCCUUGCUCGGUUCAAUGUUGCAUCGGUCUUGGAUGCCCAGGGAAAGGAAGAUGUUGCCUUUGAGCAGUAUACCAAAGCCUUGGGCACACUACUUCAAACGGUGGGUGAAAACCACGAGAAUACGGCAAUAUGCUACUCCAACAUGGGAGUUUGCCUGAAUGGUCAAGGCAAGAUUGACGCUGCUUUAGAACAUCACCGCAAAUCCCUUGCAAUCAACUUGAUCAUCAAAGGGGAGAACAAUCAAUAUACUGCAGCUUGUCGUUACAAUAUCGGACUUGCCCUGGAAAGGGGCGACGGGGACUACGACAAAUCGCAGGCUUUGGAAGAGUACAAGAAGUCGCUGCGUGUGCGGGAAGCUUGUCUGGGGGAGCGCCAUCCAGAUACAGCUGAGUGUUACAAUGCCAUCGCUAGAAUCUGCCUAAAACGGCAUGACCUUGACGCAGCCUUGGAAAACCAACAAAAAGUUGUCGACAUCCAUGAAACAAUCUACGGGCUAAACAGCGUCGAAACAGCAAGCGCAUACGACUCUCUAGGCGAAAUUCUCCUGCAACGCAAGGAUUUGGAGGGGGCACUGGAAAAGCAUCAGCAGUCGCUUAGUAUACGCGAGGCCAACGGAGCUAGUAUAGGUUUCACUUGUGACAAGAUUGGCACAGUGCUUAUGCUCAAAGGAGACUACGACCAGGCACUGGAGUGGCUUGAAAAGGCUGCGGCUGCUGCCCCUCCUACUGGUCUCUUGAAAAGGCUUGGAUUCAUCUACCAGCAGAAAGGUGAUUACGACAAAGCAGCUGAAUACUAUCUGGCAUGCCUUGGUAGACUUGAGGCCACCCUGCAAGCAGGACAUCCUGAUUUGGCUCGGAUACACGCUAUUCUUAUGCAAGUGUACCUGAGCCACUUGAACAAAACAGACCUCGCAAUUGAUCACAUGACAAAAGCUCGUAGGAUGUUUCAAUCUGCAUAUGGAGAAGCUCACUCUGAGCUUGUCAAUCUGUCCUUUGCAGUUGCACUGCUGUUGAAGCAAAAGAAUGAUAAUGACGCGGCCGUCAAGUACUUUGCCGAUGCUGUCUCGGUUUAUGAAAAACUCCCGACCAAAGACAAUAAAUCCUUCGACCAGGCGAUCAGAUCCUCCCAAGAGCUCGCAUCUCUUCUCUUCCAAGCCGGGGAUGCGGAGGAGGCCACAAAGCACUGUAAAAAAUGGCUUGAAAUUGUGCGGUCUCGAUUCGUCGAGCCAACGAACGUUCAGGUUGCCAAGUGCCAUCUGGAACAGGGGCGGUUCUUUCUUAUAAGGGGACUUUACCAAUCUGCCCUCGUGUCAUUUCGAGAGUAUCUCGUAAUCUACGAAAGUCUUCCAGGAGGAGCGUUGUCGCCUCUAGAAAUGGCACAGUGCUUUUACAACAGCGGCGUUGCGCUCCAGAAUAUGGGGAAUUUGGCUGUCGCAUUGCAAUUCACGAAGCAAUGCCUCGCUGUCGAGGAAGCGGCUCUGGAAAACUAUCAUCAAAGCCUUGGGCAGACACAUCGAACUAUCUUCAAGUUGGCGAAAGCGCUUGACGAGGAGGCAUUGGCCAUUCGCUCCGGGAUCAAGGCAUUGGUGAUCCAUAAGAUGCACUACGGGGAAGACCAUUCAACCACCGAUGAGGUGUCGCAAGAAUUCCAGAGCUACCUGCAGGAAUCUGGGAUGUCCGUUGUGGAUAUGAUAACUAAGGCUGUCAUAGUGGGAGUGUCGUUGGAUGAAAUCCAGUUUGCGCUCACGUCGCGAAGCUUGGAGAGUCAAGACGAUGAACAAAACACCGGCACCCAAAGCUUGGAGAGUCAAGACGAUGAACAAAGCACCGACACCCAAAAUUUGGAGAGUCAAGACGAUGAACAAAGCACCGGCACCCAGGGCGCUGGAGAGAGCGUUGAGAGCGAAGGUGGCGGGCAAAUCAGCGGCGUCCAAGAUAACGGGGAAUGA